AGUUUUGUCAUUCUCUCACAUUGUGAGGUAAGAAAAGCUUCAGGUGAAUCUUCUAUUCAAUCAGAGAUAACGAAGCGGUUCGAUGUAUACCUGUCGACGGGGGACGAUUCUUCUUCCUAUUCAAAUUCUCAAUGGUACGGUGUGAGUUCCCCGUUGAAUUUACCACCAUUUGACUCUCUCGCUCCGGAUCCCUCGCCGGAAAUCUCCCCUGCCUCCGCCUAUUGCGCCUAUUCUCCACCUCCGUACUCUCCUUACCUACUCCCUCCUCCGUCAACUACUUCACCGCCGAGCCCAACUUCGCCUAAUUUCAACCCGCCUCAAAUCGGCCCAAGCCCUAAUGAGCCUGCUCUAAGCCCGCCAAUAACUGUCCCCAGCCCAAUCGAACCUGUAGGGAGUCCACCGCAAUCUGUCCCGAGCCCAGUUGAACCAGUUAGAAGUCCACCUCAAUCUGUUCCCAGCCCAGUUGAACCUGUUAAUAGUCCACCUCAAUCAGUUCCAAGCCCAGUUGAACCUGUUAAAAGUCCACCUCAAUCUGUUCCAAGCCCAAUUGAACCUGUUAAAAGUCCACCCCAAACUGUUCCAAGCCCAGCUGAACCUGUUAAAAGCCCACCUCAAUCUGUUCCAAGUCCAGUUCAACCUGUUGAAAGUCCACCUCAAUCUGUUCCGAGUCCAUUUCAGCCUGUUUUCAGCCCGCCUCAAGUCGUCCCAAGCCCAACUCAGCCUGCUUUAAGCCCACCGAGCUUUAACCCGAGCCCAGUAGAACCAGUUCUUAGCCCACCUAAUUCCGCGCCGGGCCAAACUCGGCCUAUUUUAAGUCCACCAUCGUAUGGGCCCAGCCCACGCGUAAGUGUCCCGCCGCCAACAGGUCGCUUGCCCAGCCCGUUCAUGCCGCCAAUUGUGUACCCGCCGCCGUUGGGGCCGCCGGCUCCGUCGACCACGCCGCCGACAGCUCUGUGGUGCGUGGCGAAGCCGUCAGUUCCGGAUCCGAUAAUAGAGGAGGCGAUGAACUACGCUUGCGCAUCUGGGGCGGAUUGCGAUCAAAUUCUGCCGAAAGGGUCGUGUUAUCAGCCGGAUACACUGUUCGCACACGCUUCGUUUGCGUUUAAUAGCUAUUGGCAGAGAACAAAGCAGGCUGGCGGUACCUGUGAAUUCGGAAGCACCGCCAUGCUCGUUACUGUUGAUCCAAGUUAUGAUGGUUGUCACUUCACCUAUUUGUAGCUUGAGAUAUUGGAUAUAUGGUACAUUGGAAAUGGAUCAGAAGCACACAUAGUUAUUGGACCAGCCUAGCUAAAUCUCAUCAUCAAUAUCGUUCUAAGUCAUUGUCUCAUCAAUAUUGACCCAUUGGACGUUGUAUACUUGUAUAUGUCAAGAUCAACAUUUUGUACUCAAUUAAACUCUUCAUUGUUAGAGUGUAUAUUUUAAAUUUGAAUAUUCUAUUCAGACAUGGAAAUAAUACAUUAUCAGAUUACCUCGGUUCUCUGAUCUUUUUAGUUGUCACAUGGGUGAUUUUACACUAUUUAUAAUUCUA